AUGGCAUCUCCUCUGCCCUGGCUGUGCAUUGUUCUAUGGCUCGAAAAUGCCCUGGGGAAACUUGAAGAUGAAGGCAACUUCUACUCAGAGAAUAUCAGUCGGAUCCUGGACAACUUGCUUGAAGGCUAUGACAAUCGGCUGCGGCCAGGAUUUGGAGGCGCUGUCACUGAAGUCAAAACAGACAUUUAUGUGACCAGUUUUGGGCCUGUGUCAGAUGUGGAUAUGGAGUAUACAAUGGAUGUUUUCUUCCGCCAGACAUGGACUGAUGAGAGGUUGAAGUUUGGGGGGCCAGCCGAGAUUCUGAGUUUGAAUAACUUGAUGGUCAGUAAAAUCUGGACUCCUGACACUUUUUUCAGGAAUGGCAAAAAGUCCAUUGCACACAACAUGACAACACCUAAUAAACUCUUCAGAAUAAUGCAGAAUGGAACCAUUCUAUACACCAUGAGGCUUACCAUCAAUGCUGACUGUCCCAUGAGGCUCGUUAACUUUCCUAUGGAUGGUCACGCUUGUCCACUCAAGUUUGGAAGUUAUGCUUAUCCCAAAAGUGAAAUCAUAUAUACAUGGAAAAAAGGACCACUUUACUCAGUAGAAGUCCCAGAAGAAUCUUCAAGCCUCCUCCAGUAUGAUCUGAUUGGACAAACAGUAUCUACUGAGACAAUUAAAUCAAACACAGGUGAAUAUGUAAUAAUGACUGUUCAUUUCCACUUACAAAGGAAGAUGGGCUAUUUUAUGAUACAGAUAUACACUCCGUGCAUUAUGACGGUCAUUCUCUCCCAGGUGUCUUUCUGGAUUAAUAAGGAGUCUGUGCCAGCAAGGACUGUCUUUGGGAUCACCACUGUUUUAACCAUGACCACCUUGAGCAUCAGUGCCCGGCACUCCUUGCCGAAAGUGUCAUAUGCAACUGCCAUGGAUUGGUUCAUAGCUGUUUGCUUUGCUUUCGUCUUCUCUGCUCUUAUUGAGUUCGCAGCUGUCAACUACUUCACUAAUCUCCAGACACAGAAGGCCAAAAGGAAGGCACAGAUUGCAGCCUCAACUCCAGUAACAGUAUCAAAAGCUACUGAACCCUUGGAUGCUGAGAUUGUUUUGCAUCCUGAUUCCAGAUAUCAUUUGAAGAAAAGAAUUACUUCUCUGACCUUGCCAAUAGUUCCAUCCCCUGAGGCCAAUAAAGUCCUCACAAGAGCACCCAUCCUACCACCAACACCUAUCACACCCCCACCACUUUCACCAGCCUUUGGAGGCACCAGUAAAAUAGACCAGUAUUCUCGAAUUCUCUUCCCAGUUGCAUUUGCAGGAUUCAACCUUGUAUACUGGAUAGUUUAUCUUUCCAAAGAUACGAUGGAAGUGAGUAGCAGUGUUGGAUAGCUUGCAGCCAGGACAACUUGUAUUCUAUAAGUUUUUAUUUUCUGCACUUUUAAAAGUGGUAUUGAGACUUGUGUAGAUGCUUUUCAGAAUGCAAAAUCAAAAUUGAAAAUGUGUAACACAUAGCUUUGAGUAAACAUGUAUGGGCUUCCAAAUAAUAAUGUUAUCUUCAAAAUUGGGUGUUGAAGGUUACUGACAAAUAUGAUUUUUCUGUGCAUUAGAGAAAAAUUUUAUGAGGGUAAGAUGAGCUCAAGAUGAAUUUUCCAACCUUUGUCCUUCAUUGUUCAAUAUUUUUAAUUGUUGCUAUGGCUAACAUUUACCACAAGGCAAAUAAAAUAAGAAAUGCUGACACUUCCAAAGGUUGCCUUAAAUUAUGUUUAUGUUGGUUUGGUUUUCAAUAUUAAUACAGUCUAAAUAUUUAUCAGUAAGUUAAUACCAGCAUGUUGGAGGUCUUUGUGCUAGUAAAAUGACUUUAUGUGGCAUUGUAAAGCCUGUAUUGAGUUUAGCCAUUUGUUUUUAACCAUGCUGUGCUUUUUACCUCAAUAAAACAUGGUGUUUAUAUACAUAUAAAUUAUACAUUAUAUCUCAUAAAUUAUGUAUACAUAUGUAUAUAGCUUUGGUUGGACUAAAAUACAAUGUUGUUUCAUCACAUUAAAUUAUCCUUUAAAAAUAAUAUGUUUAUUUUACUUCCAUGAAGUUGUAGAAAAAUUAGUCAUCAUCAGGAAAUCUUGUACAUUAUGACUGUGGCUAUCUCUAGUGUUUUCCACUGUUCUAAGUAUGAUACUAAAUAAAACAACA